UAUAAAUUGGCGUUAUACAACAAGACCAUGUUGAAGAGAGAAGAAAGCCACAGUAGGAACAGUCUGAUUUACUUUAGAUAGAAGAACAUCAAAACCACGAUUGGACCAAGUUAAAGAUGGGGAAAUUGAUUCCUCUCACUUUAUUACUGGUUGCUGUAUUCUUCUGUGGAAUAGCCAGUGUUAAUGGAAAAUUUUCUACACUGAAACCUGUAACUCCGAAAGCUCACUCUGGUUCAAAAAGUAAGAACAAUCUGAAUAGUCAACUGUCUGUGCUCAGACUUUCGGCUGCAAACAUAGACUUUGCCUUGCGUCUCUACAGGCAGAUUGCCGCUCAACCAGGCUCAGUUUCCAAGAAUAUUUUCUUCUCACCAAUAAGCAUCUCUGCUGCCCUGAGCAUGCUAUCACUAGGUGCAAAGCAUAACACACGAGAUCAGCUUCUGCAGAUCCUUGGGUACGGUAAUAUGACACAAAAUGAUGCAGCAGAAGUACAUGAGGCAUUCAAAUACCUCUUGCAAGAGCUAACUGGUGAAAAUAGCGAGCUGCAGUUGAUGAUGGGAAACUCUCUCCACAUCCAGCAGGGACUAAGUCUUCAAAAGAAAUUCCAUGACAACACAAUGCAAUUUUACAAUGCAGAGCUAUUGAGUGUAGAUUUCAAAGCAAUUGACAAAGCAAGAAAAAAGAUCAACACGUAUGUGAGAAGACGAACAAAUGGCAAAAUUCUAGAUUUAAUUAAAACCCUCGAUCAUGGUACUGUGAUGAUACUUCUCAAUUAUGUCAUGUUCAAAGGUAAAUGGGUGAAGCCUUUUGAUCCCCUGAACACUUAUGAAGCUGACUUUCAUGUAGAUGAUACCACAACAGUUAAAGUUCAAAUGAUGAAGUGCAAAGGAAGAUAUGCAAUGAAUUAUGAUGAAAAACUGUCCAGUUCUGUGAUUCUGGUUCCAUACAAAGGAAAUGCUUCCUUGGUACUAAUACUACCAGACCCAGGAAAACUGGCAGGGGUCGAACAGAAUCUGACCAUUACCAAUUUUCAAAACUUAAUAAAUUCAUUACGGAUUGGGUCUGUGGAUCUACGCCUGCCAAAGCUGUUGCUGAAGUCUUCCUACCAACUCAAACACAUACUGAUGGCAAUGGGUAUCGUUGAUCUAUUCAAAAAUGCAAACCUCUCCAAAAUAACUAAAUCUGCACCACUAAAGAUGUCAAAGGUGAUUCAUGACGCAGUGCUGGAUAUUGAUGAAAAAGGAACAGAAGCUUCUGUAGUUACAAGAGUUGGAUUAAUGCCAAUGUCAAGGGCUCCUCAGCUUAAAUUUAACAGGCCCUUCUUACUAUUAAUUGCUGAUCACAACACUAAGAGUGUCCUGUUUGCAGGAAGAGUGAUAAAUCCUACUGAUGUGGUUGUCGGUGGUAAUGACAGCAUUUAUUGUCCAUCACUAAUUGCAGCGGAAGAAGCAGUUGAAAGCCAACUCCUUUCGUGCACCUGGAGGCAGAGAAGGUUCAAAAUGGAGAAGCUGAUUGUUGUUGCUUUGCUGCUGGUUGCUGUGCCUUACAGUGGAAUGGUCAAUGGAAAUCCCUCUGCACCCAGUGCACCUGAUCCAAAUAUGUCUCUGUUCGGUCUUUCAAUUGCAAAUACAGAUUUUGCAUUGCGUCUCUACAGACAGAUUGCUGCUCAGCCAAGCACAGCUUCCAAGAAUAUUUUCUUUUCUCCACUAAGCAUCUCGGCUGCCCUGAGCAUGUUGUCCUUGGGUGCCAAGCAAAACACUCUAGCUCAGUUUAUGCAGGUUCUUGGGUACAGCAACAUGGCACAGAAUGGUAAUGUAGCAGUGAGGCAGUUAUUCCAACAUCUUCUGCAAGAACUAACCAGGGAAAGUAAUGAACUACAUAUGGGAAACUCUCUGCAUGUCCAAGAGGGACAAAACAUUAAAGAAAAGUUCCUUCAAGAAGCCAAGCAAUUUUAUAAUGCAGAGAUAAUGACUGUUAAUUUCCUUGAACAACAAAAUGCAAAAGAACAAAUUAAUGCUUAUGUGAAUAAUAAAACACAUGGCAAAAUUCCAGACUUCCUUAAAGAGCCCCUUGAUCAGGAUACCCUGAUGCUGCUUCUCAACUAUGUCUUAUUCGAAGGUAAAUGGUUGAAGCCUUUCGAUGCUAAGAACACUUAUGAAGAUGACUUUCAUGUAGAUGACAGAACAACAGUGAGAGUUCAAAUGAUGAAAAUGAGGGGAAUGUUUCACAGCGCUUUUGCUGAGCAGCUCUCUAGCUAUGUGAUUAAGAUUCCAUAUCAAGGAAAUACUUCCCUGGUGCUUUUGCUACCAAACCCUGGAAAAUUGGCAGAGGUGGAACAAAAUCUGACCAUUAACAAUUUUCAGCCCCUGUUAUUUUCAUUGAAGUGGCAGUCUACAGAUCUGUAUCUCCCAAAGUUGUCACUGAAGACAUCCUACCAGCUCAAAGACCUACUGGUUUCCAUGGGGAUCGAAGAUGCAUUUACUGACCAUGCAAACUUUUCUGGAAUAUCUGAAACUCCGGUAAAACUAUCAAAGGUGAUUCAUCAGGCUGUGCUGGAUGUUGAUGAAAAAGGAACAGAAGCUUCUGCAGUUACAGGCAUUGAAAUAAUGCCAUUGUCAAUUCCUUUUCAGUAUAAAUUUAACAGACCUUUCUUAUUAUUAAUUGCUGAACACAAUAUCAAGAGUGUCCUGUUUGCUGGGAGAGUGAUGAACCCCAAUGCUUGACCACAGUUUCCACACAAUCACAAAAUUGGCGCAUCUCUGGUGGGAAAAUGGUGCAGUUACUUCUAACAUCUGCUAACAUUUAAAUAUUGAGAGUUAGCUGACAUAAUUUAGUUUGUAGGUUUGCUUUAUGAUAGGUUAAUGUGCUAAACAUAGAUUGAAAUGAUUUCAAGUCAAGUAAAGCUCUUCAAAGAUACCCAAGUUCAUGAAACUUAUUUCAAAUAUAGACUUACUGAUUUACUGCCAUGUUUUGCUUAAUAUAUAAUUGGUUGCAUUACAUAAUUUAUAUUAAAGUAGAAAUUGCAUCUAA